GUCAAAUGAACACUAAAAACCAUGGAUCUUGGACCGACGAACGAACCUCCGGCCAAGAAGCGAAGGUUCUUCAGAGACCCAAAUGAACCGUCAUCCGACGCCGCCAGCGAAGAGGCUACAUGCAGCGCCUCUUUGACGCCGGUGAAGCGUGAAGAUGAUGCUGCGACUGCCGAGCGGGAGGCACGAGAAGUGCUGGCGCAUAUUGAAAACAACUCUGUCAAUACAGACAGCCGCAUAGGAACCCACCAACAGCCUGAAGCUGCCGAUUCGGAACCAAUUACGUUCAACGUUGAUACAUUCGAAGCCUUUGUGGGCGAGAAGGUGGCGAAGAAUGUUAUCCAAGCGAUUCGUGAACAAAGCGGUGACAACCUCGAGCGCGCUGUUAACAUGUAUUUCGACGGCACAUAUAAAAAGUUUAUUCAACAAGCCAAGAUUAAGAAAGAGUUGGCAAGCGAGGCAAGCACCCAGUCCAACAGUCCAACACCAUCUACAACAACACUACCAAUACGCCGGCCGAUGAAGAAUGCCAGAUAUAUUGGAGCUUUUGGAGUGGAAGGCUGGGCUACAAGAAGCGGAACGAAUAUUCUGAAACAUGGCGAUGUCAUUAAGAUUGAGCGCCAGAAAAUCCAGCCUCCUCAACCGCCAGCCAUAAAGUCGAAGCUAGGAGUAGCAGUCACACCCGUUCGAAAGAAUACGGCCGCAUCUCGACGCAUAGAUGUAAUUGUCAGAUUUACGAAUGAAAGCGGCACCGAGAUUGGACGACUAUCCAAGGAUACAGCAAACUGGGUCUCUACAUUGCUGGACCAAAAGAUUUGUCGUUUUGAAGGUACAUGCGUAUACGCCCCAGAACGCCUGCGAACGAACGAUACUGUUUUCCUCCAGCUUCGAUGCUUUUUUCUGCGAUCGGCUUUCUAUGAUAGGAGCUUCCAAAUUGUUGAUGAUCGACCAGAAAGCUUCUAUGACCAAGGCGAGAGCGCUGACGAGAAACAGCUGCGUCUCCGUCAAGUGGCUCUCGUGCGACUCUUUCAGGAAAUUAAUUUGCAGCCGUUUGUAAUGAAUGCUGCAGCCAAAGAUAAUCGCCAAGGGCUCUUACAGGCAGCAGAGAUGGAUGAACAGAAACAGGCGGAGGCAAAGAAGAACGCCGCUUCAAAUGAAGCGCCGGACUCCCCAGGCUCGGAUGAUGAAGACGGCAAGGAAUUAGAGCAAGACCAGCUUGAUACUCUGUACAAAAAGGCGCAAUCAUUUGAUUUCAGCACUCCGGAAGCAGAGCCCGCAGACACAUUUGCCCUUAACCUUCGGCCAUACCAAAAGCAAGCGCUGCACUGGAUGAUGGCAAAGGAAAAGGAUGCAAAGAGCAAUCGCGAGGUUUCAAUGCAUCCACUUUGGGAAGAAUAUCAAUGGCCGCUCAAAGAUGUUGAUGAUAAGGAUCUUCCUGUAGAAGAGGGCAUGGAAAAGUUCUAUGUGAAUCCAUAUUCUGGAGAUUUGUCGCUAGACUUUCCCGCCCAAGAGCAGCACUGUCUUGGAGGCGUCUUGGCUGACGAAAUGGGCCUCGGCAAGACAAUUCAGAUGCUUGCGCUUGUGCACUCUCAUAAAUCAGAAACGGCACGAAACCGAACUUCUACAGGUUUAACAAGCGUGAACCAGCUGACUAGACUUGGCACCAACUCUACCAGCGUCGUUGAUGCACCUUGUACAACGUUGGUUAUUGCUCCAAUGUCUCUGCUUUCGCAGUGGCAGAGUGAAGCUGAAAAGGCUUCGAAGGCAGGAACCAUCAAAACUGAGCUCUACUACGGAGACAAUAAACAUACGAAUCUACAGGCACUGUGCUCCUCAUCCAACGCGAGCAAUGCCCCGGAUGUUGUUAUUACAAGCUAUGGCGUUAUUUUAUCGGAGUUUGGAUCAAUUGUAGCGAAGAACGGUGACAGAUCCUCACAUAAUGGCAUCUUCUCCCUGAAAUUCUUCCGAGUGAUCUUAGAUGAGGCUCAUUCCAUCAAAAACAGAUCAUCCAAGACUGCGAGGGCUUGCUAUGAAAUCGCUGCGCACCAUCGUUGGGUCCUGACUGGCACACCAAUUGUUAACAAACUGGAGGAUCUGUUCUCGCUGGUUCGCUUCCUUGGCGUUGAACCAUGGAACAACUUUUCAUUCUGGAAGACGUUCAUCACGGUACCAUUUGAGUCGGGUGACUUUGUCCGGGCUCUCAAUGUCGUGCAAACGGUUCUUGAACCACUUGUCAUGCGCCGCACAAAGGAUAUGAAGACCCCUAGUGGAGAGCCUCUCGUGCCUCUUCCUCCGAAGAUUGUGGAAAUUGUUGAUGUAGAACUAUCGAAACCAGAGCGUGAUGUGUAUGACUACAUCUUCAACCGAGCAAAACGAACCUUUGCUCAGAAUAUGGAAGCGGGAACAGUGAUGAAGGCGUUUACUACCAUUUUUGCACAAAUCUUGCGCCUCCGCCAAUCCUGCUGCCAUCCUAUUCUUGUCCGCAAUAAGGACAUUGUUGCAGAUGAGGAAGAGGCUGGUGCAGCGGCGGAUGCAAGCACUGGCUUUGCAGACGAUAUGGAUCUAGAGAAUCUGAUUCAACAGUUCACUGCUUCGGUUGACGAGGACACCAAAGAUACGCAGACAUAUAGUGCCAACAUGCUUGCUGAGAUUAGGGACGAAGCGGAACGCGAAUGCCCGUUAUGCUUUGAAGAGCCCAUGAAUGACCAAGUUGUCACAGGUUGCUGGCACUCCGCAUGCAAGAAGUGCUUGCUUGAUUUCAUAAAGCAUGAGACUGAUCGAGGGGUCUCUCCGCGUUGCUUCAACUGCCGCAAGGAAAUUGUGCAACGAGAUUUAUUUGAGGUUGUACGCUACGAUGAUGAAGUCGACAUAUCUUCAGGGAAGCCACGCAUCAGUCUGCAGCGUCUCGGUGCGAGCUCAUCGUCAUCUAAAAUUGCUACGCUGAUUUCGCAGCUGCGCACGCUGCGCCGUGAACAUCCGUUCAUGAAGUCGGUCGUCUUCUCCCAAUUUACGUCCUUCCUCUCCUUGAUUGAACCAGCGCUCGCCCGCGCAAACAUCAAGUUCCUUCGACUGGACGGCAGUAUGGCGCAACGAGCUCGUGCAGCAGUACUUACAGAGUUUACUGAAGGUAAAGGCUUCAUGAUCCUGCUGAUUAGCUUGAGGGCCGGUGGUGUCGGUCUGAAUUUGACGAGCGCGGGUCGUGUCUUCAUGAUGGACCCAUGGUGGAGUUUUGCUGUAGAAGCGCAGGCCAUUGACCGCGUUCAUCGAUUGGGACAGGAGGGUGAGGUGAUUGUGAAGCGAUUUGUGGUAAAGGAGAGUGUCGAGGAGCGGAUGCUGCGCGUCCAAGAGCGCAAAAAGUUUAUUGCCUCAUCGUUGGGCAUGAUGAAUGAUGAAGAAAAGAAGACGCAGCGCAUUGAAGACAUUAAAGAGCUUCUGAGCUAAACCCAUAUGAUUGCAUUUAGAGGCGUAUAUAGGCUGGGCACCGAGACCUUAUAUUUUGCACCACAUCACCAGGCGGGAGCAUUAUACGGGUCGUCCAGACGGGAGAAAAAAAAUAUUAUAAAUCUAUUCCAUUGUCAUUACAUGCGUAUCUAUUUUUUGUCA